CUUUCAUCCUUACUCACACGUCUCUCGAUCUCUCUGGACCAUUGGUACCUACAACUAGGUGAUGGCCAUGAUCAAGUACUCCCCCGCCGCUCUUCUAAUGCUAUAUAUGACAGCGGCGAUGGUGGGUGUGAUUGUGGCCGAGCUUCAAAGGUUUGAUCAUGCGGUCAAAUCCGACGGAUCUCUCAGUUUUUUGGUCGUCGGUGAUUGGGGUAGGAGAGGACUCUACAAUCAAUCCAAUGUUGCUUACCAGAUGGGGAAAGUCGGAGAGAAAACGGACGUGGACUUCAUUAUUUCCACCGGUGAUAAUUUUUACGACAGUGGAUUAAUUGACGUGGAUGAUCCAGCAUUUUUUGAAUCUUUUUCAAAUGUGUAUACUGCACCAAGCUUACAAAAACAAUGGUACUCAGUAUUAGGGAAUCACGACUACAGAGGUAACGCCUUGGCACAAUUGAGUCCUGUCCUCACACAGAGGGAUAGCAAAUGGCUCUGUCUUAGAUCAUUUAUGCUCCAUGCAGGAAACACGGAAUUCUUUUUUGUUGAUACAACACCAUUCCAAGAUAAAUAUUUUACGGAAACAAAACAUACCUACGAUUGGAGAGGUGUUCUUCCUCGAGCAGAUUACAUUGCAAAUCUUUUAAAGGAGGUGGACAUAGCAUUAAAAGAAUCAAAUGCCAAAUGGAAAAUAGUGGUCGGGCAUCAUACAAUGUUUAGUGCUGGUGACCAUGGGAACACUCAAGAGCUUGUCGACAAGCUAUUGCCAAUUCUUAAGGAAAAUGAGGUGAAUUUAUACAUAAAUGGGCAUGAUCAUUGUUUGCAACAAAUCAGUAGUCCAGACAGCAAGCUUCAAUUUCUAACAAGUGGAGGCGGAUCAAAGGCAUGGCGUGGUAAUACCAACCCGUGGAAUCCUAAUGAAAUGAAAUUCUAUUAUGAUGGCCAAGGAUUCAUGACUGGUGAGAUAACUAAUGAAAAAAUUCAGCUGGCUUUUUAUGAUAUCUUUGGUAAUGAACUACACAAGUGGAGUGUCUCUGAAUACGUACAUAGUUCCUCGUAAAGUUUAUUAGCUAAAAAGUUAUUAUGUAACUAUGUCAAUCUUGUUAUUUCUAGCAAAUUAUUGAAACAAUUUCCUGUUUUUAGAAAGUCAACGUGAGGCAUAUGUAUGUGAUAAUUUAUGGGUUAAAGGUUGUAUAUUAAUUAACUUGUUAUUGUGUUUCACUCAAAUCAUGAUGAAAUAAAUGUUGUGUCCUUUCAUUUA